AUAAUUACAAAGAAGAUUUUUUUAACUAAAAGAAAAGGCAGUGUUCAAAUCUAUUUUUAAAGAAAAGAAUGACAUUUUGUGCAGAAAAAUUAGCUCCAACUUCACUUUUAGAAAAUAUUUAGCUUCUGAUUAACAAAAAGUAAAGAAUCAAGAAGAUCCUUAUAUAUUAGGUGUGAUACUGUAGAUAAAUAAUGUAUGAAAUUUGUACAGUAUUCAGAUUUGGACAUUUGCCAAAUAUAUCAAAUUGUCUUAAUUUUAUUUCAGAGAAUGUGAACAUUGAAGAGACAAGUCCCACAGUGUAGUGAUCUUUUCUCUUUUCCCUUCUUUAUUCUACCCAGUACAGUGUGUAUUAAUAAUUUUAAAUGACUCUUUUUGUGUAGUUUUAUCAAAGACAAGUGUUAAAUCUACAAUACUUUGUUCAUAGACUCUCAGGAAUUGCUUGAAUGAAGAUGCAUAUUUAUAUCACUAUAAAGAACUUUUUUUCCUGGGCAUGAGAAUCAUAGUAUAGAAUUUGAAAUAUUUUAAUGGUGGUUAGAGUGAAAACAAAGUUUUUUUCUUGGGGGCUCAAUUUUUUGCCAUAGAAUAUUCUUGUUAUAGUAUCAAAAACAUUAGAAUUUAAACAUUUUUAUGUAAAAGAAUUAACCACAAUAAUAACCUAUUUGGGGCUGAGCCAUAUGCACAGGAACAUAACCACAAUGUUUGGUUACCUUAAUUACAUGUGCCUCUAUUUAUUUAUGAUCUCCUUGUAUAUAAAUACUUUUCUAUGCCAUUGCUUAUUGUUUAUGUUAAGAACAAAAAGAUUUGGGGAGUAAAUCUUUAAUUUGGAUAAAAUAUUUCCUUAGUAUACAUUAUUUUUACAUGUUAUCCUCUCCUUGACUGUGUUAGCAAGAGAAUUGUUAUCUUUAUUUUAAGGUGUAAUUUAAAAGAGAAGUUUUUUUUCAUCACCGUUUAUCCCCCAGACCCUCGUCCACUUCCAUCCCCUCCCCUCCCCCCGAUAGUCACCACAAUGUUCCCUCACCCGUGAGCUCUUUCUCUUUUUUUCUUUUUUGCUCAAUCCCUCUAUGCCCCAUGAGCUGAACACUUGCUCUCUAUGAGUCUAAAGAGAAGUGUUAUCUUUAAAAACAAAAACAAAAACUGUACAUACCUGCAUGUUUUCCUUGACCUUCCUGUGGCUUAUUGUGUGUGGUUCUAUUUUCUUUUUUGUUACUUCAAUGUUUUCUUCUCAGGAUGAGAUGAGUUUUAUUUUAAACUACACUACACAAAGUAUUGUCCUCUAAUUUAGCAUCACAUUGUAACCUUGUGUUCAUUAAUUCUCUGCUUAUAAAAAUUUGAAGGACAUACAUUAUGAUGCAGAGUGCAUUAGCUGGCAUAGUCCUCGUAUGUGUGUGACCAGACACAUUAUGCUAUUAUAUCUGUAGUUUUUAUGCAUUUGCUUCUGGACUGUUAACAUACGUUUAAGUGGUGACUAUUACAGAAGUUGCCUUUUUCCUCAACUUUGAUUUCUAGCAGCUCAGAUAUUCAAGUACAGUUAUAAGCUUUGAGGUUUACCUCUUUUAAGCUAUCUCUGGAACUCCAUAAGUGCUAUGACAUUGUUGCUUUUCAGACAAGGUGAUUGUCUAACCUCAUUCCAAAAAAUUAGUAACAUAUUAAUAAUGUUUAUUCUUUUGUGCUUUAAAGUUUUUAUUAAAUUAUUUGAAAUCACCUAAUGAUGUUGUAUUUAACUGGUCAGUGCUGUAUGAAGAACUAGUUUAUCAGCUUAAGAGAAAAGCCAUCUCUAAUUUAUGAGAUUGUGUAAUACUUGUUUGUAUUCUCAAAUCCUUACCACUGUAUAUACGAAAUAGAAACAGUGUUAUAAGUGCUAGUUAACUUUCCAGGCUAACCCACAGAGACACACUCAUAACCUAAUGUUGCUGAUCUGCUUUUAACUACACUAACUUCAAAUUCUGGGACCUGGGCACAAGACAGUACAAGAGAGACUAGAAGAAAGGGAAGAGCUUCCUCUCUGCCAGCUACUAAUGUGUGAACAGCAGUUUAUGGUAAAUAUACCAGCUCUAGAACAAAUGAAUCAGAUUUUACACAUCUUGUUCAUAUUUUUACCCUUUCUGUGGGCACUAGGGAUUCUGCCCCCACCCGAUGCGCUUUUCUUAUGGGCAAUGGAGCAGGUUUUAGAGUUUGGCCUUGGAGGUUCACCUGUGUCUACUCACCUAUGGUUAUUAAUAAUGUUCAUCAUUUCUUCUGGAACAGCUAUAACAUCGUAUUUCAUUCCCAGCACUGUUGGAAUGGUUCUUUUCAUGACUGGACUUGGGUUCUUACUGAGUCUUAACCUAAGUGAGAUGGGUUUUGUCUUCAAACACAGUGUAACCGGACACAGAGUUGGAACCAAAUCUAAGGCUUCACCCAUUGGCUCAGAAAAGCAGUUUAUUUGGAAGGAAUGCCUGUUCCACAUCAUUAUAUUAGUCUUGGCUCUCUUAGAAAGUAUUUUACUGCAUCACUUUGCUUGUUGCUCACAGAUUUCCAAAAACAGUCCCCAGGCUAUUGUUAGCUAUGUUUUGAUGAUAGUACUUAUAAUACUAUGGAUACUUAGAGAAAUUCAAAGUGUCUAUAUCUUUGGAAUUUUCCGAAACCCUUUCUAUCCAAAGGAUGUGCAAACUGUGACAUUAUUCUUAGAGAAGCAAGCAAGGCUCAUGAAGAUUGGUGUUGUCAGACGGAUUUUGCUAAAUCUAGUGUCACCUUUUGCUAUGAUAGCAUUUCUUUCAUUGGACAGUUCCUUACAAGGGCUCCACUCUGUGUCUGUCUCCAUUGGAUUCACAAGAGCUUUUAGAAUGGUAUGGCAGCAUACAGAAAAUGCUUUACUGGAGACGGUCAUUGUAUCUGCAGCGCACUUGUUGACCUCCAGUCUAGAUAUAUGGUGGAACAGAAGCCUAAAUACAGGAAUCAAGCUCUUACUGGUUGGUAUCAUGCGUGAUCGUCUGAUCCAGUUCAUCUCUAAAUUGCAGUUUGCUGUGGCUGUACUUUUGGCAUCAUGGUCGGAGAAAAAACGUAGAAAAUCAGCCACUACUUUAUGUAUACUCAACAUUGUUUUCUGUCCAUUCGUGUUGGUCUUCAUAGCUUUUUCUACACUACUGUCUUCUCCCCUACUCCCUCUCUUCACCCUUCCUUUGUUCCUGGUGGGGUUUCCCCGACCUAUCCAGAGUUGGCCAGGAGUGGUGGGCACUGCAGCCUGCGCGUGUGCAGAUACAGUGUAUUACUACCAGAUGAUCCCAGGUUUGACCGCUGCUCUGCAGUCUGCAAUGGUAGCUGGAAGUUUAGGUCUCCUCUUACCUGGUUCUCAUUAUUUGGGCCGUUUUCAGGAUCGUUUAAUAUGGAUAAUGAUUCUAGAACGUGGCUAUACUUACUGCUGUAUUAACAUUAAGGGGUUAGAAUUGCAAGAGACAUCAUGUCACACUGCUGAAGCUCGACGAGUUGACGAAGUUUUUGAAGGUGCCUUUGUACAAGAAGAAUCUACAAAAAUGUGUUCUAUUAAUGGACACUUUGGAAGUAUCCUAACACCCUGUACUGUUUUGCCCGUGAAACUCUAUUCUGAUGCCAGGAAUGUCCUCUCUGGCAUAAUAGAUUCUCAUGAUAACUUAAGAGAAUUUAAAGGUGACCUUGUUAAAGUACUUGUGUGGAUACUUAUUCAGUACUGCUCCAGAAGAUCCAGCAUGCAGGAAAAUGUUCACAAAACUGAAAGUAAAGGGAAUGCAUCUCUAAUAAUCCUGCCCAGUUUGAAUACUUCACCACAAACCAAAUCCCCAGAAGACACAGUUAGUUUAUAUUCAGAAACUUUAGAUGACUGGUCUGAUGAUGUUUGGGGUGAUGAGCCAACUACCAAAAAAGGAAAGGAUGAAAAAGAUCAAGUAAAAGUUUUGCAAAGUAUAAAUUUGCCUCUUCCAGGAUCAGUAGAAUCACACAUGGUUGGUGAUCAUUCUGUAGGCAAAGUUCCUGAAAAUAGUCUUUACAAAGCAGUUAUAUUGGGAUACCCUGCUGCUGACAAAGGAAAACAAGAAGACGUGGCGUAUAUUCCUCUCAUGGAGUUCAGUUGUUUUCAUUCUCACCUAUUAAGCUUACCUAAAGAGUGGACUUCUAACUGUUUGCCUAACUCCAGAAUGAGGGAGAUGAGCUUACUGUUUCCAGGAGACUGGUACCAGUUUGUCUUAAGGCAGCUGGAAUGUUUUCCUUCAGAAGACAAUGUCCCAAAUGUACUGGAAGAAAUUGCAAAGGACAGAGUUUUAAGAGACUUUUAUGUUCAUGCAGUAAUGACUUGUUACUUUAGUUUACUUGGAGUAGACAAUAUGGAUCCUACUCCUGGUCAUAUAUUGAGAGUUUACAGUGGUGUUUUGCCAUGGUCUGUUGCCCUGGAUUGGCUGACUGAAAAGCCAGAACUGUUCCAGCUGACACUGAAAGCUUUCAGAUAUACACUGAAACUAAUGAUUGAUAAAGCAAGUUUAGGUCCAAUAGAAGACUUUAAAGAGCUAACUAACUACCUUGAAGAAUAUGAAAAUGACUGGUACAUUGGUUUGGUAUCUGAUGAAAAGUGGAAGGAAGCAGUUUUACAAGAAAAACCAUAUUUGUUUUCUCUGGGAUAUGAUCCUAAUAUGGGAGUUUACACUGGGAGAGUACUUACCCUUCAAGAAUUAUUGAUACAAGUUGGGAAGUUAAAUGCUGAAGCCGUUAGAGGUCAGUGGGCCAAUCUUUCAUGGGAAUUGCUUUAUGCCACAAAUGACGACGAGGAACGUUAUAGUAUACAAGCUCAUCCACUACUUCUUAGAAACCUUACAGUACAAGCAGCUGAUCCUCCCCUGGGAUAUCCAAUUUAUUCUUCAAAUCCUCUCCAUAUACAUUUGUAUUAGAGCUCAUAUUUAUUUGUAAAUGUCAUCAGAUGAGAUGUCUUUAUUUUUUUCAUUCUAGAAGAGUAAUGAUUUUUUAAACUUCGCUGACUUUUCCUCUCUCCUCCCACAAGUCAGAUGCCUGGAAAAGCUAAGCUCUAUAAAGUUGGUUCUCUUACCUAUCCUAAUGGUUUAAAAAAAAAAAAAAACACAAAAAACCUUAUGUCUAACAUAAAAGUUACAACUUUUGGCCAAUAUUUGUGCCCAAUGGAUUGUGGUAGGCUUUGUUAAAUAUAAAACGUAUGUAAGAUUAGAGAAUGGAUUUUUAAUGCUUUCUUAAAUGUGUGAUAGGUCAUAUGACUUGCAAAAGUCAACAACUGUGUAAUUUUUACAUACUUAAGAGAUACAUAUCAGUGUUUUAAGUAAUGAUAGUGGAUGUUGUUAAAGGCUACAUAAUGUAUACAUAUAUUUGAAAUACAAUUAAAUUUUAUAAUAUUUUCAAACUUUGUGCUGUUUCAUUUUAAUAUUUAACAUGGUCUGAAGGUCUGAAUGUUUCAUGUAAUUAUUUUCUUUUCAUAUACUUCAAUUCAGAAACCUUAAAAGUGUUUAAUAAAAUCUCUCCCAAUAAAAUCUUUUUCUUCCAAGUA